UAAACUUUCAGAACACAGAAAACCUUUCUACAUUAUCAUUAUUUACUCAAAUUCUUCAAACCCUCUCAUCGAUUUUAGUUUCAAAACCCAAAAUGGCCAAACUGGCAGUUUCUUCCGACCAUCAAGAUCUCAACUUCCAAGCCACCGAGCUCCGCCUCGGCCUCCCCGGCUCCGACGAGCCCGAGCGCCGCACCGGAUCACACCCCAACAAGAGAUCCUUUUCAGAGAUUGACAAGGAAAGUAACGGCAGCGUUUCGGAUGCCGGAAAUCGCCUCAACCAAGCCUCCCAACCUCCUCCCUCCAAGGCACAAGUUGUUGGAUGGCCGCCGGUUCGAUCAUAUCGGAAGAAUUGUUUGGCUGGAAAGAAAAGUGAGGAAGAAAGUUCCGGCUCCGGAGUGUACGUGAAAGUGAGCAUGGAUGGAGCACCAUACUUAAGGAAGAUUGAUUUAACAAUUUACAAAAGUUACACAGAGCUCGUAAAGGCCUUGGAGAACAUGUUCAAAUUCAAUUUAGGUGGUUACUCGGAAAAAGAAGAUUUCAAUGGAUUUGAUUACGUUCCAACUUACGAAGACAAAGAUAACGAUUGGAUGCUCGUUGGGGAUGUUCCAUGGGAAAUGUUCAUCUCUUCUUGCAAAAGGUUGAGGAUCAUGAAGGGAUCAGAAGCAAGAGGGCUAGGAUGUUUAUAAAUUUUGAAAAAAGAUAAAAUUGAACAAGACAUAAAUAGGGAACAGCCAUGACAACAACUGAAGAUCUAACAGGAGAGAAGAAAAGGAUAAAGAAAAAAAAAAAAAAAAGUCCAAAAGAAGAAUGUAAAAAACAAAGAGAUUGUUUUUUUUAGAUCUUUAUUUGAUUAUUGUUUGUAAAAGAAAUAUAAUUUAGAUCCAAACUGUAUAGAGGGGUUAUCCAUCCCCCAUAUACAAUUAUUGACAAUAUUAUGCACACCAACUUUUCUCAUUUGAAA